AUGGAUGUGAAAGAUAUUGAAAUCAGUACAGAUGCAGUGCGAAACUCUACACAAGAGCAAUGCCAAAUAGAUACUGACGAAGUAUUAAAUUUGGAACAAGAACAAUAUCAACUUGGAUAUCAGGAAGGAGUUGAACAAUCAGCAAAAGAACAGUAUUUCGAAGGUAAACAAUUUGGAUAUCAGACUGGAUUUCAAAGGUUUUUGAUAGUAGGGUAUAUCCAAGGGUUGAUUGAGGAAUGGGAGAAUCAAAUAAGUAUGGUUGGUGGUGGUGGUGAUGAUGAGAAGCAGAAGGAGAAGCAGAAGGAGAAGGAGAGGGAGAAGGAGAAGGAGAGGGAGAAGGAGAGGGAGAAGGAAGAGCUGACGAUAAAAGCUCAUUUAAACCAAUUGAAAGAUUGUGUUGAUGGGUCACUGUUGAACAAUGAUGAAACGUCAGUUGCCCAAUUUGAAAUUUCGUUGAAAAAAGCUAGAAAUAAACUACGAGUAAUUUGUCAAAUGAAGAAAGAAAGUUGGAAGAUUAAUGAAGUCGAUAAGUUGAUAGAUGAGGUCGGUGGGACUAUGCAAGUUAGUGAAAAUGUGGAUGAGAUGUGGUGA